AUGCUGUAUCGACCCAGUGUGUCAAUACUCGGUUUAUUUGCGUUGCACGGACUCUCGUCGACCGCAGCGGCAGCGGCAGUCGACGGUCAAUCCGCCGCCUUCACUUCGCCCGUGUAUUUAGCCGAUGUGGCUGGUCCCACAAAUGUACCGGAUUUGGCGACGGCUUAUCCAGCAGAGCAGCAUAUUCAGAGCAAAUCGUUGAACAUCGAUUCAUACAAGCUGGAUCGGUCGAAAUACCCGGAACCGUUGAAGCAGCCUCCCACUGACAGUCCGGAGCUGCGAAAAGUAAUUGCGUCGUUGGAUUGGAGCAAAAUACCGGCCAUACAGCCGCGCAAAGUCGUGAAUUGGGUAUUGGACAUUAAAUCGUACGAUGUGAAUGCGGAUCCCGAUUGCUGGUGGUCCAGCAGUCUGUGCAAACGGCCAAAACUGGCUUAUCUUCCCGAAGACAUCUACAUGUGUCCCAACCCCGGCGACUGGGGACUCAAUUACGAUGAUGGGCCUUACCGCGUGUGGUUCCCGCAAAGUCCCACCGAUAAAGAUUGGGAAGAACCACGUUUUUACAACUUUUUGGUGGAACACGGAAAACAAAAAGCAACUCUUUUCUUUGUUGGAUCCAAUGUGAUGGCUUUCCCUGCCGCUGCGCAGCGUGCACUGAAUGACGGUCAUACGAUUUGUUCUCAUACAUGGUCCCAUCCGCAAAUGACGACGUUGACCAAUGAAGAAGUCGUCGGUCAACUCUACUGGACCCAAAAAGCCAUCAAAGAGGCUUUGGGUAUUACACCCAAAUGUUGGCGUCCACCCUACGGUGACGUGGAUGAUCGCGUACGUGCUAUUGCUUGGCAAAUGGGAAUGCGCACCAUCUUGUGGGAUCAGGACUCUAAUGAUUGGAACUUGUAUGGCGGACCUGCUAGAGGCCAUUUAACCGCCGAAGAGCAUGAAAAUAGCAAUUCUACAGUUUCUAUGGCGGAGCGCUGGCUUCCCAAGUUGCAAAAGCAUUUCAAUGUGAUGCCUAUCCAUCAAUGCAUCAACGAUCCGAAGCCUUACUGGGAAGAAAGUUGGGUAUAUCCUACUUUAACCGAGGGCGAACCCAACCACGUCUUGCAAGCCACGGCUCGAAAGCCAGGUUUAGAGUCGGCUUCCGCGCCUCAAAAUGCGGCGAUGAAGUUUGUGUCACCCAGCUGGGGUGUCCCUCUCCUGUUGGUAACAUAUCUCUGGCAAUUACAGUGGUGAUCAACCACUCAAUAAAAAUAUGCGCACGUUUAUGUCUGUGUAUCAUUACACAAACGUACACAAACAUACACAACAUACACAACAACGCAAAAUAAGCGACACAACAUGCUGCAGUGUUCUGGACCUGUGUCACGCAUGUCGGUGAAUUCUGUCGCGGUUUAACCCUGGGUUGAAACCUGAAUUCUU